AUGCUUCCGCGCGAGGAGUCCUCGGAUCUCGGGGCCUGGCUCAAGGCCAGCCGCAUCUUGUGGCAUUCCGUCGAUGCCGCCGGCGCGGAGAUGGGAAAUCGGAUAUGGGCCAGCACGAUGGCCCUUCUGGCGUUCUCGAAACAGCUGGAUGCAAGUUGCAUCUGUUCGUCGCCAGACCCUUUUGCGCGGGAAGCAGUCGUCGAAACGAUUGGCGACAUUUUGUCUUUCCUCAGGCUCGAUCUGCGAGCCUGCCCAAGUGCGGCAAAUGGUGGCGCAGACCCCGACAUGGUUGGUCAACACCAGUUAUCCCUUUCUGAUGCGAUGCGCCAGGUUCCCGCAAGCGCGUUCCGCGCCUGGGCCAUCAGUCUGGUAAAGCUUGCGAGUGUCCAGGCCGGCCUCGAAAUUGAGGACUUGGCCGAGGUCUUUCGCGAGGCGAUCUUGGCACUCGACUAG